CAGAGACGAUAGAAGAAGCAGAGAGACGAGAGACGAGAGAGGAGAGGAGCGAUGGCUGAGCUCAGAUGGAUUAAAGCCUCUUGGUUUCUGGUUCUGGUGCUUCAGUUUACAGCAGCAGCAACAGGACAACGUCACCACUCCUUCACUGUCAGAGAUGGAGAUGAAGUCUCUUUGCCUUGUAGAAGUGUGAUAGAUGAUCAUAAGAACUGUAACUCUACUGUUUGGAUCUUCAUAAAUACCAGAACAGAUAUUCUGGUUACAGAAGGGCAGAUUGAUGUUGAAGCCAAAGAUAAAUCAGACAGACUGAGUGUUUCAGAGAAUUGUUCUCUGGUUAUAAAGAACGUCACCGAUGAAGAUGCUGGUCGUUAUAAAUGCAGACAGUACAGCUUCAGAGGAUUUCAUUCUUCUCUGGUUAUUCUGUCUGUUGUGACCAUGACUGAACACAAGGACUCUGAGGAGGUGAUCUGCUCUGUGUCCACAUAUAAAACACUAUGUAGACACAGAGUGAAGUGGCUGAUUGAGGAAGAAGAGGUGGAGGAAGACCACCAAGACGUGAUGACAUCACAGUCUUCCUGCUCCGCCUCUCUGAAGGUGAAGACUGGUUCCUUUAACACAUUGAGGUUUAAUUCAUGGAUGUGUGAAGUGACCGUUGGCGACCAAGUGCAGAAGUUUACGUUCAGAAAUCCUCCUUCAGGUGAUAAAACAGGUGAAGACACAACAACAACAACAACAACAACAACAACUGAAGAUGACACUAUUUCAGGCUGGUGGAGGGUCAUCUUGGUGCCGGUUGGGUUAGCAGCUCUCAUCAUAAUAGUUGUGGCCGUCAACAUCUGGGCAAGAAUGAAAGGUGAAGAACAUCCACAUAUUAAAGCUCAUGAAAGAGGAUUUUACUGGAACUAAAGUCGACUCUUUCUUUUGUCUCUUCAGAGAAGAAAACUCCGGAAUGAAAUUGAAAACUCAAAAUAAAUUUUUUUGGUGUCAAUUUCUGAGAAUAUCUUUCAGAUGGAAAUCCUGCUUGUUGUGAAAAGAGUGUAAUGAUCUGUUCCUGCAUGAGUUGUGAACAUGUUUCUCACCUGUUCACGACACAGCAGCUGAUCUUAACUUCAUUUAACAGGAACAAACAUUUAACUCUGAACUUCCUUUUUUUGUCUUCCAGCUGAACAUUUCACAGCUGAUCUUAACAUUUACUGUUUUAUAGGAUAACUCCUUUUAAUCCACUUUCAUUCAGCAUUCACAUAUCUGUGAGGGUGUGCCUGUGUUCCAAUGGCUGUUCAGCCUCAAUGGAGUCAGCACCUCUUCUCUUAAUGUAAUAUCUGAUCACUAUAAGAUCUGCAAAUAAAGAGAGUUGUUUUCUA